AUGGAUAGCGGAAAUAAAGGAAAGGGUAAAGGAAAAAAAGUUCCGGAAGCUCCACCAACGAGAAAGGUUUCUACCGGAGGAGCGAGUACAUCAGAGCCUGAUUCUUGGGAUUGGGGAAUGUAUCCCGGUGUAAUCGACCGUGUCCUCGAUCAAGUAAAUCAAGCCACCUGUUGGGCAAUCCCAAUAGUGAGGGCAGUGCAAGCUCUUUUGAACAUUGGUGUCGGUUUGCAGCAGCAGAUUCAACUGUCAGUGCAGCAUAUGGUCAACAAUGUGGUCUUUUGUCCAGAUCAAGGCGUCGCCAACAUCAAAUUAUCUUUAAAUUUCAUGAAGAACUUUGGAGUUUGUGUAGAAAGUCAGUGUUGCCACCGUGGUGAGCUACAAAGGAGAAAAUGCAAACAUCCAAAGGUUCACUGCUACACAGUAGACAGCUACAUUUACAGCGCUGACAUUGAAGAUGAAGAUCUUGUAGAAAUAGUUCGAAGGCAACCUGUUGCAGCCUUCAUGUCAUUUACUGAUGAACUAUUAGACUACGACAUCGAUAGAAACUGGAUGUUUCAUCGUGAUCGUACCGAAGAUGGACUUUUCACUCCCAUGCAUACUGUUCUUAUAGUAGGUUAUGGACGUCACAACGGAUGA